AUGGCGGCCAAAGGCCUGCGGCUGCCAGCACGCCCGGGGGACCCGGCGCCGUCCCUCACCACAGCCACCACAGGCCAGCGAAACGCAGGCGCUGCCCCCAAAACCGGCCGCCCCAAGAAGCCCGUGGAGGAGCCGGUGGCAAGAGGACCUGAUGUGGACUCGCUGGGCUUCCAGGCCAUGGACCGCAACGUGCCAGGGCUGUCCCACGUCAUCCUCCAGAAGCUCAACAUGAAGUGCUACAAGGACUACAACCCGGGAGACAUCCCCUUCCCCACGGACACCUGGACAAAACCCGCCCGGGACGUGGAGGGCUGGGAGGACUGGUUCUCCAUGCAGGGGCAGCUGGAGGAGAAGCUGGGCGCCAUCCUGGCCGGGCGGUACAUGACCCUCCUCUGGGCCAACGCCGGGAAGCCCCGGCCAGAGGACGGGGAGCUGCGCGAAUCCGUCUGGCGGUUGGUCACCGACUUCCACUCGCGGCCGCUCACCAUCGGCUUGGGGCUGCGGCUUUUUGGCAUCGACCCCCUCGCCAAGGCCCUCACCGUACACGUGGUGGGGGCGUCCCACGUCGAGACCCUCAAUACCCGGCUGACGGACUACGACGAGCUGACGCGGAUGUUCCCGGGGCACCGGGGCAUGGAGGUGGUGAUGAUAGGGGUGGACGUGGUCGACGGAGCCAUCAUGAGGCCACCCCUGGCUGCGCCAGCACCCCGGGGAAGGGUCUAUCUCAGCAGCUACAAGGGGCUGUACCACGACUUCUGGGAAAGCCACGUGGAGACCAAGCUGGCCGCCCGCCCCGACCUGGUGGUGGGCUUUCACCCGGGUUUUCACGCCUGCCCGGACCUGCUGGCGGGCUGGCUGCCCCCCCUGCUGCUGCUGCGGGACUACCGCCUGCCCGUCCUCUUCACCGUCUACAGCGAGCAGGAGCUGAAGUCCUCCCUGCAGAUCCUGGUGGAGCUCGAGACGCACAUCAUGGGCUACGCCGCCAACCCCUUCGCCUCGCUCCGGCCCGAGCAGGUCUACUCCAGCCCCAACAAGGCGCCCGUCUACUGCAGCUCCUACUACAUCGCCCUGCUGGGGCCGGUGGCAUCAGCUGUGCCGGGUGCCGAGGAGCUGGAGGACGGUGAUGGCUGGCAGGGAGGGGAGCCCAGUGCCGCCGGCACGGCUGGGGGCAUCGCCCCAGGGCUGGGCUGA